GAGGGCAAAAAGGACACUCUCGUAUGCUGUUACAACUAACAUUGAGGUAGAUGGUUUAUUUCAGGGCGUAGACUUUUGCUCUUCAAUCACUCGUGCAAGGUUUGAGGAACUGAAUAUGGAACUCUUUGAAGAGUGUAUGGAGACAAUAGAAAGGUGUCUUAGUGAUGCUAAGAUGGAGAAGAGCUGUGUACAUGAUGUGGUCCUUGUUGGUGGCUCUUCUAGGAUUCCCAAAGUGCAGCAGUUAUUGCAGGACUUUUUCAAUGGAAAGGAUCUUUGCAAGAGCAUCAACCCUGACGAGGCUGUUGCUUAUGGCGCAGCUGUGCAAGCUGCUUUGUUGAGUAAAGACAUUAAGAAUGUUCCAGAUUUGGUGCUGUUGGAUGUUACACCGUUGUCACUUGGUGUGUUUGUCCAAGGAGAUUUAAUGAGUGUGGUGAUUCCUAGAAAUACUACCAUUCCUGUAAAGAAGACACAAGAAUAUUGUACAGCUGAUGAUAACCAAUCAUCUGUUGCUAUUAAGGUUUACGAGGGCGAGAGAACAAGAGCCAGUGAUAACAAUUUGUUGGGUUUCUUUACUCUUUCUAAUCUUCCACCUGCUCCUCGUGGCCUUCCUUUGUUUGAAUGCUUUACUAUAGAUGAAAAUGGCAUAUUGUCUGUUUCUGCUGAGGAGAAAACCACUGGUAAUAAGAAUAAAAUUACCAUAACCAGUGAUAAAGACAGAUUGUCAACCAAAGAAAUUGAAAGAAUGAUACAAGAGGCAGAGAUUUAUAAGGCCGAAGAUAACAAGUUUCUUAAGAAGGCCAAAACAAGGAAUGAUUUGGAUUAUUAUGUUUACAAAAUAAGGAAUGUCUUAAAGAAGGAGGAUAUAAACUCAAUGCUUUGCUCACAAGAAAAAGAGGAUAUCAGUUCUGCUAUAAAUAAGGCUACUGAUUUGCUUGAUGAGAACUAUGAGCAAGAUGAUAUAUCUAUGUUCGAGGAUUGUUUGAAAGAGCUUGAGAGCUUCUUUGGAAGCCUCAAGGCCAUGGGCUAGCUAGAUUGUUUAGUUGUUCUUUAAAAGUAAUUUGACGUUGACUUGCAAUUUUCUUUUUGUUAAAUGCAAACUAUUGGUAUUAACUUAAAAUUGUAUAAGUUUGGUAACUUUUUAUAUACUGGAUAUUUUUUG